AAGAACGCACUGACUUAGGAAAUAAUAUUUCGUGUAUCAGUCAACACUUAACUCUGAAGAUAUGUGCUCGUACAUACCAGUUAUAAUUUUUAUGUGUUUCGUAUUAUCACAUUGUGUUACAAUAAAUUGGAGUCAAGAAGUUGAUAUAAUUAGUAAAAAGAGAGUUGAACUAUCGCCUUUACAUAUCUCUGGAAUAUUGUCCGAUUUGGUUGUUAUCUCUGCACCAAUCGUCCAAAACGCUAGAUACUACUUAUACAAGCCGAGUGGAGACGCUAUUAAGUUGAACAUCAGUCGCCCCACAUACCCAACGCCAAAAGAAAAUAUAAUAGACGACCAAUACAACUCAAUAAAUAUAAAAUAUGCCGGUCAUGUUAAAAGUAUUCUUCCGUCCGAUGACUACGUGCUUUUUAAUUUAAAUUCCAAAGAUAAAGAGAAUACUAACACUUUUGAGGAAUAUGCUGAUAAAAUGAAUGCGAACGACUUCAUUAUCGGGCCCUUGAAGGAAGAAGACAAUGGGAAUUGGGUGUUGAGCGCAUACAGUCAAGAUAGCAAUGGAGAUUGGAUCGAAAUAUUUCGAGUUAUUACUAUAGAAAUAAUAGAAUACAUACCGCCGAAACCGAGGAUAGCAAAACUGCGUGAAGGAGACACAUUUGUAUUCAGUUUUGCUCAUCCAAUCGCACAUAUAUCUAGUUGCGAACUAAAAGCACCGAAAUCUACAUUCGAUAGAUUUUAUGAGAGAAACAACAUCAAUAUGGAGUCUUGUGGUUAUUUAAUUCCAAAUAUCACUAAACAGGACCGUGGCACUUGGAGAAUAAUAGCUGUUGGCAGAAUAGUUUAUGGGACACAAGUUUAUUUGGAUGUAGUCAAUGACAACACGACGACGCUGAUGUAUCAAACAAUAAGCGAUAAGACUGAAUCUCUAUAAGAGUAAGGCUAAGACCGCGCUGCGAUUUAACGCAAAUGUGAACCUUUAAAGAAUCGUAAUGUAAUACAUAG